AUGUGUGUAUGUAAUCAUGCCUCAAUUCAUGGCCAACCCUCAAUUUCUCAUUACAGGGUCAGACUGACAUUCUGUGAAAAACAUCAGAGCUUUGAUACUGCUUCUGCAAAGUCUGGAAGAUGUACACGUAAAGUGUGCGACGUUUCUCCAUUACCAGCUGAGCCAUCAAGUACUCUUGAAAACUACCACCAAUUCAAAAGAAUCCGAGCCAUGUCUGCAGACACGUUUUCUCUCUGGAGAAUGGUUAAUGGAGAAGAUUACCCUAGUUUUGUACCUGAAAAGCUCAAUAUGAGUCUUUUACACAGCUCGUUUAUAGCGUUAAAACAGGCAAUUUCAGCCCCCGAAACCCUCAAAGUAGUCAGAGAGACACAUGCAUAUUUGAAGAUAUCUUUCAGCUCUUAUAGGCGCCUGCCAGUCCACCAUUUUCUGCAACGUGCCACUUCGUUGACGAAUCAGGUCUUGCGCAAGGACUGGUCUCUCGAAAGGUGUGUUCCAAGGGGCAGAAUGACACCGAAAGCGUACUACGAGCUUCUUUCUGCAGUGGCAGCAGCUAUUGAAAAGCUAGAGCGUGCUUCCGUCAUGGCAGUUCAGACCGUUCGGCGGGCAGCGCAUGUUCUCCGUCACUGCACAGACGUCAGGCUGAUGAUCGUCUUUUUACCACUGGGUGCACGCCUUCACACAUUGAUACAGGGUAUUCUCAAGCACAUGGACGCAUAUAGUGCAGCCUUGUUAGGAAUACGGCGCAAAAAGCCUCUUGAGUACCUUUCUUUAAGACGCCUCCGCGACGAGCCCCUAUUUCUAGAGUCACAGGGAAUGGGUUCGCUAUUUGCAAUGGCUUGUAGAUUCCGUCAAGCGCUCCACAGACAAGAGCCUGAAUCAAAUAAAUAUACCGCAGACUAA